AUGGAGGAGGAAGAGAACAACCAGCUGGCCUUCCUGGAUGUCCUCGUAUGCCGCAAAGAUUGUGGUGAGCUAAAAAUCAAAGUGUUCAGGAAAGCGACAAAUACGAUGCAAGUACUGAACUUCAACAGCAACCACCCAAUCAGUCACAAACGCAGUUGUGUAAGGACGCUCUAUCGGCGUGUCGAAACGCACUGCAGUGAGCCGGAAGACCAGACUGCCGAAAUACAAUACCUCCAACGGGUAUUCAAAGCCAAUGACUACCCGCGCAACUUUGUCAACCGGUGCAUACGCAAAAGGGACGAAAGACCUAACAGCAUGGAUACCAAAUCUUGGCGGGCGCUUCCGUAUGUCAAGAACGUUUCGGAGGCUGUCGGCCGCCUUCUCGCACCACUUGGAGUUGGAGUUGCACACAGACCGGGGCAACCAUCAGGCGUCUGGUAAUAAAACCGAAAGACCCACUGCCACGGCUAGAAACAUCUGGAGUCGUUUAUCGGAUCUGGUGCAGUUGCGGACAAAGCAACUACGUCGGAGAAACCGGAAGACAGUUCCGAACGAGAAUGGCCGAACACGCGGCAGCGGUGCGCAGAAAUGACGCCAGCUCCCAAGUUGCGGCUCAUUCGACGAGAUCCGGCCACACAUUCAAAUUCGAUGAGGCCGAAAUUCUCGCAAGAGGUGACAACCACGUGAGCCGGGAGCUACUGGAAUCAUGGUUUACUGGCCCCCAGUCCCUCAACAAGUGCAACCAUCUUCCCACUCCAUACUGCGUGCUAAAACUUCGCCUAGGCGGAGUAACAAGCCAUGCGGGGAGCGCAGAGGUGAACACUUUUCCCAACACCUGGGUCUGUGCGUCACAUGGUCGAGCAAUCAUCACGCCAACAUCUAACGCACGUGAUGAAAUUGCAGCAAUUAUCGACUCGAAUGUCGGCCAUCGAGCAGUUAUCACACCAAGUGCGACGAUCCCGGAUGAGGGGGGGAGCCGUGAAUGUUCAUAGGUAUGAGGUAGCAUGGCUACGGCAUCCUAUAAAUACCGCAGCCCCUUGUGCAGCAACCACCCGUUUCUGCUAUUUUGGCUCUGAUGAUGGAUUCGAGUAGGAAUCCGAAACGUCAGGCUGAUAAAUCUCUUGUCCCGGCGAUUGUGUCUCCUUCUUCAAGAUGAUAAUAUUGUUGGUUGUGGUUGUUGUGGUGGUGCUGGUGGUGGUGGUCGUGGUGGUGGUGGUGGUGGUGGUGGUGGUGGUGAUGAUGAUGAUGAUGAUGAUGAUGAUGAUGAUGAUGAUGAUGAUGAUGAUGAUGAUGAUGAUGAUGAUGAUGAUGAUGAUGAUGAUGAUGAUGAUGAUGAUGAUGAUGAUGAUGAUGAUGAUGAUGAUGAUGAUGAUGAUGAUGAUGAUGAUGAUAAGUCAUGUGGUAUGAAUAUUGCAUUACGCGAGGGACCGUAG